AUGGCGAUUAUAGAACUGCCACGGCUUCCAAGAUUAUCAGUACCUCGCUUCAGAGAACCUAGAGAAAUAGCAAGAAACAAAAGAGUAAAAACAAGCGGCGCAAAAGACAGCAGCGACGAGAAUAUAAUGAUGAAAAGCAUGCCAUACAAGCCAGAGAAGAAACACUUGUGCAAAUAUUUUGUAAAAAAUGCAUGUAUACGAGGCAGCAAUUGCACUUUUUCACAUGAUCUGUCAAAGUUCCCGUGCAAGUUAUUCCACAUAAAGAAAAACUGUAGAAGAAAGAACUGUCAAUUUUCGCACGCUCCUAUUUCAGACGAGGAAGUGAGAUUAUUGGUUUCUGACGGAUGGGAACUGGAAAAAGAAGAAAAAGAAGAAGUAUUUAUUUCUCCUUUCUUAUAA